AGGGUGCUUUGGGUGGUGACCACAAACACUGAGACAACCUGAAGCUGGACACACAUGAUGGAUACCAAGGGUUCUACAGUAACUAUUUCUUCUUCAGCAGCACCCCAAAACUGCUCUAGGAAUACAGAUUUUAGGAGCAGCUCUUCUAACAACAGCUGUUGCCACAGUGGCCAGUCAACUGGUCAUGCUCAAAGAACUCCCCAGGGUCGACCCACCCCUUGCCUUUACCGCACCCCUAACUACUUGAUAAGAACCUACAACUUCCAUCCCUGCCUGGAAGACUGCAGCCUGUGUGGCGAAGGCAUUAACAGUCACGAGAAAGAGACCAUGCAGAUUUUGAAUGAACGCCUUGCUAACUACCUGGAAAAGGUGCGGAUGCUGGAAGGGGAAAACUCCGAACUAGAAGAUAAAAUCCAGGAGGAGUGCAGCAAGGCGCUCCCUGUCCUGUGUCCCGACUACCUGUCCUACUACACCACCAUUGAGGAGCUGCAGCAGAAGAUCUUGUGUACCAAGGCUGAGAAUUCCAGACUGGUCUCACAAAUUGACAACACCAAACUGGCUGCAGAUGACUUGAGAGCCAACUAUGAAGCUGAGUUAUCACUACGCCAGCUCAUAGAAGCUGAUGCCAAGGGCCUGAAGCAAAUCUUGGAUGUGCUGACUUUGAGUAAGGCUGACCUGGAGGCUCGAGUCCAGUCUCUGACAGAGGAGCUUCUGUGCCUCAAAACCAACCAUGAAGAGGAAAUCAAUUCCUUGCAGUGCCAACUGGGGGACAGACUCAACAUCGAAGUUACAGCUGCCCCUUCCGUGGACCUAAAUCAAGUUCUACAAGAAAUGAGAUGCCGCUACGAGUCCAUUGUGGAGACAAACCGUAAAGACGUAGAACAGUGGUUCGAUAGGCAGAUGGAGGAGCUGAACCAACAAGUAGUGACCAGCUCCCAACAACAGCAGUGCUGCCAGAAGGACAUCAUAGAGCUGAGACGUGCCAGGAGUGCCCUCGAGGUGGAACUGCAGGCCCAGCACCGAAUGAGAGAUUCCCAGGAAUGCAUCCUCACAGAGACAGAGGCCCGCUACACAACCCUGCUGGCCCAGAUCCAGGGUCUGAUCCAUAACCUGGAGGCUCAAGUGUCAGAUAUCCGGGGUGCCUUGGAAAGACAGAACCAGGAGUAUCAAGUUCUGCUGGACAUCAAGUCCCGGCUGGAGUGUGAGAUCGCCACCUACCGCAGUCUUCUGGAGAGCUUGGAUGGCAGGCUUGCCUGUAACCCAUGUGCCACCAAAUGUGAGCCAUCCUGCCAGGCCGGAGCUAUGGAGUACUUUGCCCCAGUUUACACAUCUUCAUCCCUCCCUUGGAUUCACAAGCCCUGCAGUGCCUCUGGAUCCCCAUCCAGGAUACUGGUUAAGAUAUGCACCAUCACCAAGGAGAUCAAGGAUGGGAAGGUCAUUUCUUCUCACGAGCAUGUGCAGCCUUGUUACAUCAUCAGACCUGCCAAAGUCUAGCAUCCCAAGGUGAUGAGAGUGACCCACAUUCAUGAAAGAGAGGCCAGUGUAUUCUCCUGCCCGAAAGGUUUAAGAAAGUCCUUUAAGGUACCUAGCGUCUUACUACUACAGUGGGUCCCCAGCCUUUAUUCUUCUCAUUCCCUAAGUCACUGCCACCAAUAUGAUACUAAGUCACAUUUCUCUGGAAGGACAUUUUUGCAUUAUCGCUGGGAUGGGAUGUAGUGAGUGUUCACAAAGACGUCCUCCAUUGCUUGCCUAGCCAUGUGAUGGACAGGCAGGUUUUCCUUUUGUUUAGUCAAGCCUUGUUUAUCUCUGUGCCUCUGCAGAGCCAGUCAGACAAGUUCUGGGAUUGGUUUUGGCAAUUGGCACGUGAAGGUAAAAAGCCACAGCCUUGCCUUCUAGAUUCCUUCUUUGGAUAUAGAAUGAAGCCAACACAGUAACAGAAUAGAUAAAAAAAAGAAAGACCCCAGAGUCUAGUUUCCAGGAAUGAAACAAUAACAAGUCUGGAUCUUGCGACCUUUGCUACCUCAGCCAUUGCUUAUCUGUACUAGUAUAUAUUCCCUUCAUCAAAAGUAACUUUGAGGGUACUGGGGAGCUUUUGGCAUGCUCUACACUCUCCCCACACACACACCCUUAUUUUCAUGUUUUAUUUUCAGGUUGGGUCUUACUAAAUUGCCAAGGUCGACCUUGAACUUACUCUGUAUCCCAGGUGGGACUUAAACUUGCAGAUGAUCUCCCUGCCUCAGCCUCCAGCAUAUUUGGGAUUAUAGGCCUAUGCCUUCACAUGUGACAGAUAUAUAUAGUCUCUGAAACUUUGGGAACCACAAGGCUCUUCUCCAAAUGUCUUUAAGAAUCAGGACUAGUUGUGUGGGAUGAAUCUAGAGCUCUCUCUAUGGCGUCAUUUUGAAGCAAUACCCUGGGUCCUUUCAUUAAAUUUUGGCUAUUUCUCUUUCUAUCCCUUAGGGUAUAGGAGUUUGAUCUACUUGUUUGACAAGGGGCAUAGAGCUGGAUUUCUCCAGACAUAAGACCUGAUGGGUAACAAUGACAAAAUAGCUUAGAUUCCUGCCUCAGUCUACCCAUCAGGGAGAGAUGGAAUUACCAUCCACACACUUUCCAAAAGAGCAUUAGUGACUCAUCUCUGCUUGCGAGCAAGAGGCUGCUCCACAUGCCAGCAGCCUCCAUUCUCCACCAGCCAGGAUCACAACUUUUAGAACAGGGCCACAAAGUAAGUAAGUCAUUCUCUGAAAAAAAAUGAUUGAAGCUUUUCAGAGGUGUUAGUUUAAAAACAAUUCUAAACCAAACAUAAAAUGUAAAGUCCCAAGGCCUGAUGUCCUAAACCCGCCUGUUUCCUACCAUGAUGCCGCACAAAGCAUUCAGCCUUCAUCCAAUUGAUUCCCUUGUUUGCUCAAUGAGGACCAUGCCUACUUCACAGGGCUGUUGUGAAGGUCACCUGGAACCCACUCUGUACAUCGUCAUUAUGUACAUUUGCCACUAGCUACAGCCUAGACCUCAUUUUCUUCUGUCAUUGUUACAUUUUAAAAUUCUUUUCUCAGUAAAUUUAGUUAUCCAGUCAUGAUUUGGAAGUUUUAACCAUGUUCAGUGUUUGGGGGGAAUAAAAAGAGAACAUUUCCUGUGAUUAUACCCACAGUUAUAUUAAUAAAGCAUGUUUGAAUUCUUAAGGGUAUGUAUCAGAUACCAGUUGAUGCUCACAUCAAAGACACUUGCCUGUUGAUCUCACAGCUCACGUGCCUCCUCCAGACAAGCCGCGGCUUACACAAAGCAGGCGGAAUGCAGAACUCCCAGGAGGAUCUUCUGUUGCUAAUUUCUCAUUGAAAAAUGCAGUGUAGUUCCUGUCAGCACCUCCCUGCGUAUUA